AUGAUCCUAUUCUUUCGCCCCAAAGCACAUGCGCACGUAUCGCGCACUUUCCUCGACCGUGUCUUUGACCUGGAUAUGAUUGGCAAUGCAAUCAUUCUGGGAGCGUCAGUCAUGCUGUUCCUCGCGCUUGAAUACACGACGAUAGGCCACUCCUGGGGCAGCGCCCUGAUCAUCGGUCUCCUGUGUGGUUUUGGUGUGGCGGCUGUCCUGUUCGUGGCGUGGCAGUGGUGGAAACAGGACGGUGCACUCAUUCCACCCUCCAUCGCGACCCAGCGGACAGUAGCUGCCAGCUGCGCGAUGGCUUUUACAACGUAUGGAGCCUUGCUUGUGAUCACGUACUUCCUGCCAAUCUGGUUCCAAGCCAUUCGAGACGACUCAGCGAUUCGUUCUGGAAUCAAUAUGAUCCCAUUCUUCGUCGUCAAUGCCUUCUUCUCGCUGCUCGCUGGCGUCUUCGUCUCUGUCAUCGGAUACUAUACACCGCCGGCGAUUGUUGGGAGCGCUCUUGGCACAGCUGGCUGUGGCGUCCUGACCCUGUUGUCGCAGGAGACUUCCACGGUACAGUGGGUCGGUUACGAGAUACUGGUCUCAGCCGGCUUCGGGUUAUCAAUCCAGCAGGGCUUCACCGCCGUACAAGCGGCCCUUGGGGCAGAUGAUAUGGCCGUGGGCACGGCAGCUGUUGUGGCUUCCCAAUCAUUAGGCGGCGCCGUCUUUUUAUCCGUCGGUAACAGCGUCUUCCAGAGUCAGUUGCAGAAGGCUUCUGAUGCUGAUGCGCUUCCUGGAGUUGAUAUACAAGAGGUGAUUAAUGCUGGUGCCGCUUCCUUCCGUACCGUGGUGUCCGCGGACCAAUUACCUGCUCUUCUGGAGGUCUAUAACAGGGCCCUCCAGCUCGUUCUGACCGUCGCCAUACCGCUGGGUGGACUGGCUUUGGUAGCCUGUUGCUGCAUGGAAUGGCGAUCUGUGAAGAUCAAGCAGACCAAAUAG